AAUGACACCAAAAAAGAAGAAGAAUGAUUUGCUGUUUAUGAAUUUGCUACUGAAUAUGGAAACACAUCAGGGAAUCGAAUGUAUAUUUUUUAGUGAAUUUCAUCCAACCUUGGGACCAAAGAUCACAUAUCAGGUUCCGGAAGAAUAUAUUUCGAGGGAGCUGUUUGAUACUGUGCAGGUGUACAUUAUCACCAAACCAGAACUGCAGAACAAGCUCAUAACAGUAACGCAAAGAAUGGACUUGUGUAUUCGUGGAGACUGGUCUUGCGAGGCAGCCUCAGAAGAACGAACUUGGUUGGAUGGAAGCACCGCAGUGACUUUUGGGACUUCAAACGGGUUCCUUAUGCAUUCGAUGCAUCCUUGAUAUCAAGAACACAUCCGGGACUGCCAUGGGAAAGAAGUUGAUCGGCUGUCCAGUAUGCAUCGAGCAUAAGAAAUACAGCCGGAAUGCCUUACUCUUCAACUUAGGUUUAGUAUGUGAUGCCAGGACAAAAACAUGUGCUUUAGAGCCUAUUGUCAAAAAGCUAUCCGGCUACCUAACAACUCUGGAGCUUGAAAGUGGAUUCAUUUCAAAGGAGGAGAGUAAACAGAAGCUGCUGCCUAUCCUGUCCACACUUAUGGAGGAACUUAAUGUUAAAGGAGCCUGCACCCUACCUAUUGAUGACUCCAACACCAUCCACCUGAAGCUGAUAAAACAAAGAAAGGAUCCUCUGGUUGUUCAGGAGUAUGAUGUGCCAGUGUUUACUAAGAAUAAGGACUACUUCAUAAAGUCACAGUGGGAUCUCACCACUCAACAGAUCCUGCCUUCUGUAGAUGGCUACCGGCAUAUUCAGAAGAUCUCUGCUGAGGCUGACGUUGAGCUUAAUUUGGUGCGGAUUGCUGUUCAGAAUUUAUUAUAUUAUGAAGUUGUAACACUGGUAUCAAUAUUUCAGUACUCAAAUGUUUACUGCACAACACCUAAAGUUCACAACUUAAUAGAUGAUAAAGACCUUCAGGAAGACUGUCUAUCUUACGUCAGUAAGCCAGGCCACAGGACAAGUCUGAGGGAUGUGUUCCUGUUGUAUUGUGGUUUAACCCCGGGUACAACUGUGCGUGAUCUGUGUUCCCGCUAUUCUCAGCAGCUACAGAGGGUGGAUGAAAGGAAGUUAAUACAGUUUGGCUUGAUGAAAAAUCUAAUUCGCCGGCUGCAGAAGUAUCCAGUCAAGGUUGUUAGAGAUGAUAGGAGCCGUCCACCCAGACUUUAUACUGGCUGCCAUAGUUACGAUGAAAUCUGUUGCAAAACUGGAAUGAGUUACAGGGAGUUAGAUGAACGCUUGGAGAAUGACCUUAACAUUGUUGUUUGCUGGAAAUAAGGUAGUAUAAAUAAGAUGGGAGUAUGUCAUGUGAUUUACAAUAGUAAAGUAAUACAUUUAAGAAAAGCUACAAACAGAUUGGUUCUUGCUGUUAAGCGCUUUGUUUUGUUCUGUACCUUGAUUUAUUUAAUCAUCUGCCCCAGUUAAUAUUUGAUGUUAUCUUAGAUUAAAAUGAGAACAUGCUUAACAUGCUGUUGUGUUAAUUGUACUUACAUGCUUGAAUUACUUAAGUGCUCAAAGUUCUUCAUGAGAAAGCAAUUUUAUGAAAAAAAUUAUAUGUGCUUGUUACAUGUUGUGGCAACACUUUGCAAUAAGGUUCUUUUGGUUAACAUUAAUUAAUUUAUAUUAACAAAGACUAAUAAAUACUGUUGUUUAUUGUUAACUUAAGCUAAUGCAUCAACUGAUGUUUAUAAAUGGAACCUUGUAAAGUUUUACCCAGAAUUAUAAUUUAAAAACAAUUUUUCAACACAUUAAAGAAAACACCAGUGUUACUGCUUACAUUUGAAAGCUGCUGCUUACUGUUCUUUAGAAAAAUCCUCCAUUUGUCUUUGGUUUUCCAGUUGCGGCUGUAUGAUGCUGAGAUCUUUCUUAGAAAUGUUCUGAGUUUAAUUUGGAAGCAUUGUAUGCCCCUAACAGGAUGAUGAAAAAUUGUUCUUUUUACGAACUGCAAUACUUUUUUUUUUUACUUUUUUCAUGUGUUUCUUUGUAUUGCCAAUACCUUUGUCAUGUACUACUGUAUGCUAGAGGGAAACUCAAUACAAGAUGUAUAAAGAUUUGCUAGUUAAAACAAA